CUAGCGGGUGGUGGUGGAUAACACGAAGGUGUAUAAAUCGGUGAAAUGGCAGUGGUGGUGAACGAUCGUGUCAGAGGGCAAUGGAUGAAGUUAGUCAGUCGGCGUUUGCUCGCGCUCCAACCACGAUGGAAGUUCAUCCAUCGUGUUCACGUACUCCGCCCCCUUUCUAUCUAAAUCGUAAACUCGUCCAGUGAAGCGUAGAACCUUGAACGACGAUCGCCAGCAAGAAGAAAUUUCGAAGAAAUGUCAGGAUCCGAAAGGUCGAUCAGACCAGUCAGGCAAUUGUCGUUGCAACCACCUGCGCCCCGUCGUCAGCAAGUCAGACGACAAAGAUCCGCGGAGGAUGAAAAGUCGCUGCAGAUCUGCGCGAGUCCGUUUGCACGUGGCAAGCGUGGAACUUGUAAACUCGGCUCCGACAGACCCAAGGUUCGCGUUGCGUGGAAGGAAAAUCGUCAAAAAAACGAGGAAGAAGAACUGGGGCAAGUGGAAGUGGUGGCCCGUCAAAUUCCAGGACGAUCCAAGUCUACCGGUGGUAGGUCGAGAGGGAUCGAGAAAUCAUCGAUCCUUUACUCGAGAUUAGAAUUGGCCGAGAGGUUGAGGCUCGCUUGGCAAAAUCGAGAGAAGAAUAAAGCCAAUAUAAAUAUCUUCUUGGCUCGCGAAACCUUGGACUUGGAGAGAUGUGACUCCGAAAUAUCGAAUCCUACCACUGCUCCAUCGUCUCCUGUGCGAGGAAACGAGAAAUGUAAGAUCGAAAUUCCUCUGGAUAAUAACCGUAAAAUAAUACAGGGCGAAGAUCUCGAGGAGAAAGAAGGCGAGAAAAUGGUUAAAAAAUUGGAAGACAAAUUGCCUAUUAAUUUUUUACCUUUGGAGAGGAGCAAAAUUUCCGUGGAGCAGACGAAGAGCAAAGAGAAGGUUGACACGGAAAAGGAGCAGGUAAACGAGCAAAUAUCGAAGGAUUCGAGCAUGGACGAGCAUGGUUCCUCUACUAAGAAAAAACAAGUGUCGUCCACGUCAUUACCCUCGAUCAAGAUGGUGGAAAAUUCGAGUUUGGGAACCGCGAAGAGGGAAGAUUUCUCAUCGGCUAAGCAGAAACGUGCAAGUUUUCACAGCGGUGCUAACCGAGCCUUCCUCGAUCCAAUCAGAUCGGCAACCGAGGUCAAAUGGAGCUCGAUAUCGGAGAAAAAUUCGUUUCAAAAAUCAUCGGCCGCGAUUAUCGAAAAGAAUUUUUUAAAGGGAACGAUCGAGGAUAAAGAGGACGAUACGGAGGAGAAAAAUACGUGGAGAGAAAAUUCUCCGUGCGACUCGAUCACGAACGAGAAAGCCGCGACGAUAGAAAGGAUAGCCGAUAAAUCGAAUUGUGCAGGUGAUAAAAAUGCGCAGAUAAAAACAAUCUCGAUCGAAAAUGAAAAUGAUUUGCAAGAUGAUAAUGAAACGAUAACACCAAGGGAAACGGAUCGAUCCGAUUCGACGAGGAAAAUCUCGUCCACGAGUAUCGAGAACAAAGAUUCUGAUCUUUCUACGAUUGAUAAAACUUCAUUUUCGAGGUGUUCGGAAGCGAGAUCGAACACGAUGAACGAUAGGAAUCCGUCAAUAAAAAAACCGGUGGAAAGUCAAAAGAUCGAUCAGAAAUCGAGGAGGACUAAUUCUGCGCCGCCGCAACGCCGUUUCGAAUCGAUUUCGGCUAAUAAUAAUAAUAAUCGGGUUCACGUUAAUGUCGUAAUCGACUCGAUGAGAAAGAAUCGUAAUCAAAAAGAUCAAGAUAUGGAUUGUAGAUACAACACAAUGGAAAAGAUAGAUACGGCUGUAACAAAGAUAACAUCGAAUCGAAGUGUGAGAUCGGCACCGUUAAAGAGACGAUCCAGAAGUGCGAAAAGACGUUUUUGCGCGUCGAAAAAUGAGGAGGAUGGAAAAAUACGGAAUAGAUCUGGAACUCGUGGAAAGAGUUCGAUCGAUUCAAGAACGAUGGACAUCGUUACAAUGGUAUCCCUUGUUAGUUCUGCAGACAGCGAUAGCGAUAUCGAAAAUUCACUCAGGGAUGAUAAAUUAAUCGACGAGUUGCGUAGUAAACUGCCCACCACGUCGAUCAUUAAAACGUCGAUUAACUCGGCUUUGAGUAGCGCGAGAAGGCCUAUCAAGUCAGUUUCUUUUCAGAAAGAUUCUUUCGACGAAGAAUAUAGUCCACCAAAAGAGCAACAACCCUCGCCGAAGGAGGAGAAAAGAACGACAGAGUCGUGGUUGGCGAUCGUUGGUAACCAACGUGGAGCUACUUCAUCGAAAGAAGAAGCAGUGUCUUGGAAAACGGAUGUUACUGGUGGUGGUUUGACCCUCCCUAUCCUGGCAUUGAUUCACGAUAUUGAAGAGCCGCUUGAUGUUCCGUUGACUGAUCGCGAAAAGAGAUGCCUGGCUGUGCCUAUUUGUGAUUUACACGAUAAGAAACGGAAAUUAUUGAAAACUCGUAAUACGCCAUCACGAUCGUAAGUAU